CCCGCCCCGCGUUCCCGGGAAGGAAGGAAGGGCGAUCCCGCCCCCGCCCGGGAGCCCUUGCGGGGGGCGGUCCGGGCCAUGCGGGCGGCGCUGCGGCGGGGGCGGCUGCCCGGGCCCGGGGGGGGGCCCGGGGGUCGGCAGCCGCUCGUGGUGGACCUGCGGAGCGACACGGUGACCCGGCCGUGCGCCGCCAUGCGCCGGGCCAUGGCCCGCGCCGCCGUGGGCGACGACGACUACGGGGAGGACCCGGCGGUGAACGAGCUGCAGCGCCGGGCCGCGGCCACUCUGGGCACCGAAUCCGCUCUGUUCGUGCCCACGGCCACCAUGGCCAACCUCAUCGCCGUGAUGUGCCACUGCCAGCGCAGGGGGGCUCAGCUCUUCCUGGGCCGGGACGCCCACCUGCACGUCUACGAGCACGGCGGGGCCGCGCAGGUCGCCGGUGUGCACUCCCAGGCACUGCCAGAUCUGCCGAAUGGCACCUUCGACCUGGAGCAGCUGGAGCUGACCAUCCGCGAGGCCCACGGCAGCCGGUACCACCCGCGUCCUGAGCUCAUCUGCCUGGAGAACACGCACAGCUCGGCGGGCGGCCGGGCACUGCCCCUCACCUAUCUCAGGCAGGUGCGCGGGCUUGCAGACCGUUACGGGCUGCGGGUGCACAUGGACGGCGCACGGCUGAUGAAUGCAGCAGUGGCCCAGGGCGUGGAGCCAGCCCAGAUUGCCCAGCACUGUGACUCUGUGUCCCUCUGCUUCUCCAAGGGCCUGGGCGCCCCGGCGGGCGCGGUGCUGGCGGGCAGCGGGCAGUUUGUGGCCGAGGCCUGGCGCGUGAGGAAGCUGCUGGGCGGGGGCAUGCGGCAGGCGGGGGUGCUGGCGGCCGCCGCUCUCCUCGGGCUGCAGCACGCCGAGGAGACGCUGAGCAGGGACCACGAGCACGCCCGGAGCUUUGCAGAAGGUGUCCAGGCGCUGGACUCUCCCCUGUGCUCCGUCAGCCUGGCAGCAGUGGAGACCAACAUCGUGAUGCUGGAUGUGCCGGGGGCCUGGCCGUGCCCCGCCGAGCUCUGCGAGCGCCUGCGCGCCGUCAGCGAGGAGGAGGAGGCUGAGGCCGGGCAGGCUGUCAGCGUCCUGCUGCUGCCCUGGUCGGCACGGGCCCUGCGCGCCGUCUGGCACCGCGACGUCUCGGCCCGCGGCACCGAGCUCGCCAGGAGAAAGCUGGAGUUUGUGGCCAGGAAGUGCCAGGAGGAAUUGGCCUCGGGACUGCAUCGAGCGCCUCCAGGCACGGGGGGAGCCUGAGCAUUGUGCCAGCCCCGCAGCUGCGGCACUUGGGCAGCCCAGAGCAAGGAGUGGGAGCGGCCCCUUUGUGCUCCAGAUGUGUGCCCAGCCGUCUGAAACGUGACAUCAGCCCUCACAGGCAGCCUGACAAACCAGUGUGAGCCCAGCCUAGGGGAGCCCGCAGCCCCUGAGGCAGUCAGUGCACAAAAUAAACACCCUUUGGUGGUGCUGUC